CAUUCACAUACACAAAUACAGAUCAACAACAUGGCAGGCCCAAGCCCGUGACCCAAUAAAAAAGGGCAAAAGGAGUGCUCUCUGCCUCUCUCUCUCUCCUCUCUCAUACACACAAACCAAUCCACCCUAUAAAUAACACCUUCACCUCCUCUGUUUGUCCAGGUUCACUAAAUCAAAAUCAAUAGAAUUACGUACAUACUACUGAGAGAGUUGCAUUGCAUAUAACAAAAACAGAGCAGGGGGAAAAAAAAUGAGGUCCCUCAGCACCUACAGCACAACAACUUCAAUUAAGGCAUCACCACCAUCAUCUCUAUCACUAUCACCAUCACCACCAUCAACACCGACCCUGCAACAACAACGCUCGCCAUGGCACUCUCCGGUGCCCUACCUCUUCGGAGGGCUAGCAGCGAUGUUGGGUCUGAUCGCGUUUGCUCUCUUGAUUCUCGCUUGCUCCUAUUGGAGGCUCUCUGGUCGAUUAGAAGACGAAAAUGAGGAUCAACAGAGAGAUCUCGAUAAUGGGAAAGAGAGUGGAGAUUCUGCUGAAAAGACAGUGAAGGUUUAUGAGGAGAAUAUUCUGGUUAUAAUGGCCGGCGACGGGAAGCCGACGUUCUUGGCCACGCCUUCGUCGAGAAGAACCACGUCGUCCGCUGACAAGAACGAAGAAGAGAGUGAACAGAGCACAGAAGAGAAAACAGAGUGCAGUAGCGAAAAAAUAGUUAAAGAGGAAGAAAGUAGCACCAAUCAUCAUCAAACAGAAACACAUUGAGAGGACCCAACAAGUCUAACAACAAAACCAGUGAGCUGAUUCCCUCUAUUCUCGAAGAAAGAGGAAAUUUUUCCUUUAUUUUCUCUUCUUUUGGCACCAAUCAUCAUCAAACAGAGACACAUUGAGAGGACCCAACAACAAAACCACCGAGCUGAUUCCCUCUAUCCUUGAAGAAAGAGAAACAUUUUACUUUAUUUUAUUUUAUUUUUCUUUUUCCUCCCCUCCUUUUCAGGCUUUUGGCUUGCUUUCUUUAGCUAAUCGGGAAAUGUAAAUUUCGGUGAGAGUUCUUCACUUUCCAGCUCAUUUCUAACAAUCUAAACUACACUUUACCUA